AUGUCUGUGCUCAUGAAUACCAUGCAUCAGAGGCCCAAGCUGGUGGUUCUGUCCUCAGUGCCCAACGGACUGGGCCGCCUCACGGGUCUAAGAGCCACCUUUGCGCGCCUGGCAGCGGAACGACUCGGUUCACCUCCAGAGGCUGCGGCUCCCAAAGCAGCUGCACCCGCCGGCUCCGCACCAGCAGCCGUCAGUGUCGCGGAGGGCUGCAUUGAACGACGCGUGCCUGUGUCCUUUGUGCGGCAGCGUGUCAUGAAAAGGCUCAAGGAGACGCAAAAUACUGUGGCUCAGCUUUCUACAUUUCAGGAGGUUGACAUGACAGCAGCACUGAAGCUCCGAGCGAAGUACAAGGACAUGUUUCUCAAGUUACAUGGGUCGCAGCUGGGCCUUCUGGAUGAGCUAUCCGUUGCUGACUUGAGCACUUCGACCUUUGGCAUUGUGGAUACGGGGAUCGCUGGUAGCAUGUUGGGAACUGGAAUUAUAAAUUAUCCACAGAGCGCUUCCAUGGGUACGAACAGCGUGAAGAGACGCCCUACGGUGGUGGACGGGAAGAUAGAAGCCAGACCAAUCAUGUACACAGCUUUAAACUACGAUCACCGCUUGAUCGAUGGUCGGGAGGCUGUGACAUUUCUUUGCUCGGUGCGCGACAAACUGGAGGACUGGGGAGAUUUUUUCUAUUGUGAUGAUUUGAUACAUUUUUCCACAGAAGCAUUCUCAGGAUCCAUCUCGAAUGCUGCUGGAUCUUUGAUUCACUGGAUCUCGAAUGCUGCACCAAGAAAACGCACAUAUGAAAUUCAUCCGGGCAGCAAUUCCUGGAGCUGA